AUGGGGGAGAAAGUUUCGGAGGCGCCGGAGCCGGUGCCUCGCGGCUGCAGCGGCCACGGCCCCGGAGCUCCCGCCCCUGCGGUGGCCGCCGCGUCCUCUCCAGGCGCUUCCUCGGCCGAGUGUUCCUCGGGCUCAGAAACUCUGUCGGAGGAAGGGGAGCCCGGCGGCUUCUCCCGCGAGCAGCAGCCGCCGCCGCCGCCACCGCCGCCGGGCGGCGCCGUAAGAGCCCGGCCGCCGGCCGCGUGGGCUCCCGCGCGCGUGGUGCUUGAGCUUGGAGUCUGUGCGCCGCCGCCGCAGCUCUCCGGAGGAACCGCGCUACCCGCGCCCCGGGGCAGCAGCGCGUCCCAGGAGGAGCAGGACGAGGAGCUUGACCACAUACUCUCCCCGCCACCCAUGCCGUUUCGGAAAUGCAGCAACCCAGAUGUGACUUCUGGCCCUGCAAAGUCAUUGAAGUUUAAAAGACAGCUCAGUGAGGAUGGUCGAGAGCUGCGGCGGGGCAGCCUGGGAGGGGCUCUGACAGGGAGGUACCUCCUUCCAAACCCUGUAGCCGGGCAGGCCUGGCCAGCCUCUGCAGAGACGUCCAACCUCGUGCGCAUGCGCAGCCAGGCCCUGGGCCAGUCAGCACCGUCGCUCACCGCCAGCCUGGAAGGGCAGCCUCCGAAGAGCCAUUUCAACUCAGCCCGACAUCGGCAGAGACUAGUGGACCCAGCGGCUUCAAAAAAGGAGCUCAGUCUCCCCAGAAGAGGAAGUUUUCUCACUCCAAGGAGCCUGAGUCCAACCCCAUCCAGCCCAGGCAGCCCCUGUAGUCCUCUCUUCGCUUUCCACUUCUGGAGUUGCCGAACAAGCAACCGGAAAAGCUUGAUAGGCAAUGGACAGUCACCAGCACUGCCUCGACCACACUCACCUCUCUCUGCUCAUGCAGGAAACAGCCCUCAAGAUAGUCCAAGAAAUUUCUCCCCCAGUGCCUCAGCCCAUUUCUCAUUUGCACGGAGGACUGAUGGACGCCGCUGGUCCUUGGCUUCUCUCCCCUCCUCUGGCUAUGGGACAAACACGCCCAGCUCCACAGUCUCUUCCUCCUCUUCCUCCCAGGAGAAGCUGCAUCAGUUACCCUACCAGCCAACGCCAGAUGAAUUGCACUUCCUGUCGAAACAUUUUUGUACUACCGAAAGCAUUGCCACAGAAAACAGAUGCAGGAACACGCCUAUGCGCCCCCGUUCCCGAAGUCUGAGCCCUGGACGUUCUCCCGCCUGCUGUGACCAUGAAAUAAUUAUGAUGAACCAUGUCUACAAAGAGAGGUUCCCAAAGGCUACAGCUCAGAUGGAAGAACGUCUGAAGGAAAUUAUCACCAGCUACUCCCCUGACCACGUACUUCCUCUAGCAGAUGGAGUCCUUAGUUUCACUCACCAUCAGAUUAUUGAACUGGCUCGAGAUUGCUUGGAUAAAUCCCACCAGGGUCUCAUCACCUCACGAUACUUCCUUGAAUUACAGCACAAAUUAGAUAAAUUGCUACAAGAGGCUCAUGAUCGUUCAGAAAGUGGAGAAUUGGCAUUUAUUAAACAACUAGUUCGAAAGAUCCUAAUUGUUAUUGCCCGCCCAGCUCGGUUAUUGGAGUGCCUGGAAUUUGAUCCUGAAGAAUUUUACUACCUAUUGGAAGCAGCAGAAGGCCAUGCAAAAGAAGGACAGGGUAUUAAAACCGACAUUCCCAGGUACAUCAUUAGCCAGCUGGGGCUCAAUAAGGAUCCUUUGGAAGAAAUGGCUCAGUUGGGAAACUAUGAUAGUGGGACAGCAGAAACACCAGAAACAGAUGAGUCAGUGAGUAGCUCUAAUGCUUCCCUGAAACUUCAAAGGAAACCUCGGGAAAGUGAUUUUGAAACGAUUAAAUUGAUUAGCAAUGGAGCCUACGGGGCAGUCUACUUUGUGCGGCAUAAGGAAUCCCGGCAGAGGUUUGCUAUGAAGAAGAUUAACAAGCAGAACCUCAUCCUCCGAAACCAGAUCCAGCAGGCCUUCGUGGAACGGGAUAUCCUGACUUUCGCAGAGAACCCCUUUGUCGUCAGCAUGUACUGCUCCUUUGAAACAAGGCGCCACUUAUGCAUGGUCAUGGAAUACGUGGAAGGAGGUGACUGUGCUACAUUAAUGAAGAACAUGGGGCCUCUCCCUGUUGAUAUGGCCAGGAUGUACUUUGCCGAGACGGUCUUGGCCUUGGAAUAUCUACAUAAUUAUGGAAUUGUACACAGGGAUUUGAAACCAGACAAUUUGCUGGUCACCUCCAUGGGGCACAUAAAGCUGACCGAUUUUGGAUUAUCCAAGGUGGGACUAAUGAGCAUGACUACCAAUCUUUAUGAGGGUCAUAUCGAGAAGGAUGCUCGAGAGUUCCUGGACAAACAGGUCUGUGGCACACCUGAAUACAUUGCACCAGAAGUGAUUCUGAGGCAGGGCUAUGGGAAGCCAGUGGACUGGUGGGCCAUGGGGAUUAUCCUCUAUGAAUUUCUGGUUGGAUGCGUGCCAUUCUUCGGGGAUACUCCAGAAGAGCUAUUUGGACAAGUCAUCAGUGAUGAGAUCAACUGGCCAGAGAAGGACGAGGCGCCGCCCCCUGAUGCCCAGGAUCUGAUUACCUUGCUUCUUAGGCAGAAUCCCCUGGAGAGACUGGGAACAGGUGGUGCUUAUGAAGUCAAACAGCAUCGAUUCUUCCGCUCUUUAGACUGGAACAGUUUGCUGAGACAGAAGGCAGAAUUUAUUCCCCAGCUGGAAUCCGAGGAUGACACAAGUUAUUUUGAUACUCGGUCAGAGAAGUAUCAUCACAUGGAGACAGAGGAAGAGGAUGACACGAAUGAUGAAGACUUUAAUGUGGAAAUAAGGCAGUUUUCCUCCUGUUCACACAGGUUUUCAAAAGUUUUCAGCAGCAUAGACCGAAUAACUCAGAAUUCUGGAGAAGAGAAGGAAGACCCCGGAGACAAGACCAAAAGCACUGUGUUGCCGUCCACAGAGACGUUCAGCUGGAGUUCGGAAUAUUCUGAAAUGCAACAGUUAUCCACAUCCAACUCUUCAGAUACUGAAAGCAACAGACAUAAACUCAGUUCUGGCCCACUUCCCAAACUGGCUAUUUCAACAGAGGCAGAGAAAGAUGAAGCUGCUCCCUGCCCCAGAGACCUGCUGGAGGAGCCAGAAAAGCCAUCCCUUCCUCCUGCAGAGUGCACUCAGGAGGAGCCCGAGGUCACCACACCAGCCAGUACCAUCAGCAGCUCCACACUGUCGGUUGGCAGUUUUUCAGAGCACUUGGAUCAGAUAAAUGGACGAAGCGAGUGUGUGGACAGUACAGAUAAUUCCGCAAAGCCAUCCAACGAACCCGCUUCUCACAUGGCGCGGCAGCGAUUAGAAAGCACAGAAAAAAAGAAAAUCUCGGGGAAAGUCACAAAGUCCCUUUCUGCCAGUGCUCUGUCCCUCAUGAUCCCAGGAGAUAUGUUUGCUGUUUCUCCACUGGGAAGUCCAAUGUCCCCCCAUUCCCUGUCCUCGGACCCUUCUUCUUCACGAGACUCCUCUCCCAGCCGAGAUUCUUCAGCAGCGUCUGCCAGUCCACAUCAGCCUGUUGUGAUCCACAGUUCUGGGAAGAACUAUGGUUUUACCAUCCGAGCCAUCCGGGUGUAUGUGGGAGACAGUGACAUCUACACGGUGCACCAUAUUGUUUGGAAUGUAGAAGAAGGAAGUCCAGCAUGCCAGGCAGGACUGAAGGCUGGGGAUCUGAUCACACACAUCAAUGGAGAACCGGUGCAUGGACUUGUCCACACGGAAGUUAUAGAGCUCUUGCUAAAGAGUGGAAAUAAGGUGUCAGUCACUACUACCCCGUUUGAAAACACAUCAAUCAAAACGGGACCAGCCAGGAGAAACAGCUAUAAGAGCCGGAUGGUGAGGCGGAGCAAGAAAUCUAAGAAAAAAGAAAGUCUAGAAAGGAGAAGAUCCCUUUUCAAAAAACUAGCCAAGCAGCCUUCUCCUUUGCUCCACACCAGCCGAAGUUUCUCCUGCUUGAACCGGUCCCUGUCAUCAGGGGAGAGCCUCCCGGGUUCCCCCACACACAGCUUGUCUCCCCGGUCCCCCACGCCUAGCUAUCGCUCCACCCCCGACUUCCCAUCAGGUACUAAUUCUUCCCAGAGCAGCUCCCCAAGCUCUAGUGCCCCCAAUUCCCCAGCAGGGUCAGGACACAUCCGACCCAGUACCCUUCAUGGCCUGGCCCCCAAACUCAGCGGACAGCGCUACCGGUCAGGAAGGCGCAAGUCAGCUGGUAGCAUCCCCCUCUCCCCACUGGCCAGGACCCCCUCUCCAACGCCACAACCCACCUCCCCCCAGCGGUCACCAUCCCCUCUGUUGGGACACUCGCUUGGCAAUUCCAAGAUCGCUCAAGCCUUCCCCAGCAAAAUGCACUCCCCGCCCACCAUCGUCAGACAUAUCGUGAGGCCAAAAAGCGCAGAGCCCCCAAGGUCCCCGCUGCUCAAGCGCGUGCAGUCGGAGGAGAAGCUCUCCCCCUCCUAUGGUAGUGACAAAAAACACCUGUGUUCCCGCAAGCACAGCCUAGAGGUGACCCAGGAGGAAGUGCAGCGGGAACAGCCUCAGCGGGAAGUGACCUUGCAGAGCUUGGAGGAGAACGUGUGUGACGCGCCCUCACUCAGCCGCGCCAGGCCCGUUGAGCAAGGCUGCCUGAAGCGCCCUGUCUCCCGGAAGCUGGGGAGACAGGAGUCUGUGGACGAGCUAGACCGAGAGAAGCUGAAGGCCAAGGUGGUAGUGAAGAAACCGGAUGGGUUCCUGGAGAAACAGGAACCCCACCAGAAAUCCCAUGGACUUGGUAGUGAUUUAGAAAACCUCUCGACUUUGAGGCUGGAAGAGAGAGAGAAGAAAAUAUACCCAAAGGCUUUAGAAAGGUCAAACCAUUUUGAAAACAAAGGGGCCUUGCAGGAGACCCAGUCCCUGGGCAGUCUACUGAAGGGGGCUCUUCACAAGCAGGCCAGCAUUCGGGUCAGCGAGGGGGUGACCUCAGAAGGGGCAGCAGUGGGCCAUGUCCUGGCACCCGGGGACCACAGCCAGGGCAUCUGUGACUUCAAGCGCACCUCUGCUGCCAGCACCCUCCAGGACAGUCUCUGUCACUCCACAGACAGGUCCAGCUCCAUGAAGGGGGAGAACGUGGAGAAGGCCUCCCAGGCCAAGGAUUGUCUCCGAUGUGAGAAGUUAGACAGCAAACUGGCCAACAUCGAUUACCUCCGAAAGAAAGUGUCACUUGAAGACAAAGAUGACAGCCCGUGCUCUGUGCUCAAGCCCAAGAUGACCUCUAGUGCCCACGAAAGCCUGCCUGGGAACCCAGUCCGGGCUGUGGGUGGACAGCAGGAGGCCCUGCCAGCCGCUGAGAGCCGAGCGUUCAUCAGCAGUGCCCACCCGGCUCAGAUCAGUGCUGUUUCUUUUGUCCCUCUCAAGGCCCUCGCCAGCCGGGUGGAUGGUGGAGGGGAAAAGCCGGGCUUGGUCGCUCCUGAGUCACCUGUCCGCAAAAGCCCCUCUGAGUAUAAGAUGGAAGGUAGGUCCGUGUCCUGCCUGAAGCCAAUUGAGGGCACUUUGGAUAUUGCGCUCCUGUCUGGACCUCAGGCCUCCAAGACAGAGCUGCCAUCCCCGGAGCCUGCACAGAGCCCCAGCCCAGCCAGCGAUGUGGGGCCCUCUGUGCCACCAGCUCUCCCCAGCGGCGGGGGCAUGAAGGGUGACACAGUGGGUCAGAGGGAGCCUUCCCCUGCCAGCUUCAGGAUGAGUAAGUCCUACCUGCUGGAGUCCCGGUUCCCAUCCUCUAGCCGGGCUCUCCAGAAUUCACCAGCAGCUUCCUUGCCUGAGCCAGACCUAAAGCGGGACAGGAAAGCUUCCCAUGCUGCCAGGAGCCCAGUGACGGUCAUGGAAAGCAAUCCCCAGCAGAAGGAGGGGGGCCCCAGCAAACACCAAGACCACAGCCCUGACAUUAAACUCCUCCCCUUCCUGGGGCAGAACCCCCACAGCACCGACCCAUCCAGGUCCCGCAGCCUGCUGCCCCCUGAAAAUACCCCCUCGAGAGAGAAGCUGAGCAUGAAGGAAUCUUCUGAAAGGGGCCCUUCCGCAGCCAGAAGCGAGCGGUCUGCUGUGAGGGUUGACUCCCAAAGAGACCCCUCCACCGAGCUGUGUCCUCCAGAAGCUGCUAAAACCCGUGAGGAUUCCAGAAACCUCCCCUCUGGGGGAAGGCCCCGCCCUGACUGCUACACACAGCCCCACCCCACAGACAAAGCAUGGGGGCCUUGCGGCAAAGCAAGCCCCAGAGAUGGCCGAGUGGAGGUGAGGGAGCUGGGCAGAGGAAAAGGAGGCACGGAGCCCCAGCCAGAAGCCCCUCCUGCCUGGCGGUCCCAGCCGCCACCCAGCCCUGAGAAUGGGAAAGGAGACCUCCUCUCUGGUUUCCCCGUCUUGCCGAGAGACAGUCCCAAGGAGCUGGAAGGGAAGGAACAGCCUCCGCAGAAACAUGUCAGCGGUAGCUCUCAGCCAGUCCCAGUCACCAAAGAACUGCACGGCCUGGCGGCUCGGCCACACAGCAGCUCUCUGAGCCACGGCUCAGGCGGAGAGCCCGGGGGCAAGCCCUGUGCUGCAGAACCCGGCCUGGGCCUCCAGGGCCUUCCCAAGCCGACCACAGCGCACAGUGAAAGCAGCAGCCACAAGCCCAGGCCUGGCCCUGACCCGAGCCCUCCAAAGUCGAAGCACCCAGACAGGGCCCUCUCCUCCCAGAAGCCAAGCGGUGGGCCUGCAGUGGGCAGAGAACCUGGUUCUCAGCCCCCUGUUGGCCCCAGCCGAGAGGGGAAGGGCUGCAUCAAGGGCGUCUUGGAUGUGUUCCCUGCCCUCCCAGGCUCCCAGAACACAGCUAGCGAUGCGAUGGGCCAGGGAGGAGGCAGACCCUCAGUCCCACUGCAGGCCGAAGGGGGUCUUCUAGACACCAGGCUGAAACCCGCCAGUGGUGGGCAUCCCCCGGAGGGGCUAGAGAAGCCCACGCUCCUGCCAUGGCAAGGAUGCCCAGGAGGUGACGAGUUGGUAGACCAGAAACCCGCCACUGUCAGUGAAAAGCAAAACCUGUCUCCAAAGCACCCCAAACCAUCCACUGUGAAAGACUGCCCACCUCUGUGCAAACAGACAGACGCGAGUCCAAGUUCACCGGCCGCCACUACCACUGACAGGAAGUCUGAGGGCAAGAAAUGCACUGAAGCACUUUAUGUCGCCACAGAGAGUGGGAAGCCUGAGGCCAGCCUUCCCCUGGCACCCGGCGAGGCCAGGCCAAAAGGCACAGAGAGGCCAGCAGCUGCUGUUGGGAAGGGCUUGCCAGAGGCCAAGGGGAAAGGGCUGAGUGCCCAGAAACCACUGAGUGAGGCGGGCAAGCCCAGUGGCAUGAAGCGGUCACCCUCGGCCACUGGGCAGAGCUCUUUGCGAUCCACUGCCCUCCCGGAGAAGUCUCUGAGUUACUCUUCCAGCUUUCCUGAAGCCAGACCGGGGGCACGAGAGGCCACCACGAGUGGCAGUGACGCGUCUUCCACCAAGGCUGGCGGGGCUGCGGCUAAGGCCCUGCCUGGGGGGGAUGGCAGAACCCACAUGACCAAGAGUGACUCCUUGCCAUCUUUUCGGAGCCCCACCGUCACUCUGGAAUUGCACCACCCUGGCCCGAGUGUGGCGGGAGGUGCCGGCCACCGGGACAGGGCCCUGUCAGUAACUGCCCCCGCAGGAGAAACCAAAGGGAAAGAGCCUGUUCCAACCCAGCCCCCUCAGACUCGGAAACAGAACCCGGGCAGAGAAGUCACCAAGGCGUCCCCAGCUCCAAACCCUGACCGGCCCAUCGCCCUUUCUUCCGAGAAGGACUUUGUGGUCCGGCAGAGGCGGGGGAAAGAGAGUGUGCGUAGCAGCCCUCACAAAAAGGCCUCAUAGUGGGGCAGGCCUCAGGCCGGACUGGGGAGACCCGACCUGAAUGUGUACCUGAGUCUUGACUACCUUUCGAAACCAGCACUGUGUGGCAACGCCCGCCGGGCAGAGCCUGGAGCCUCACUGCGGAUGGACGGGGAGAGGGAGAGAAAGUCGGAAAGAAAGAGGGGACCUUCUUCCAAUUGCCUUCCCGAUCGUUACCGGUAAAACUGUUACCAGAUAGUGUUUGUACAAACAACAACGGAAUAACCUUUACAGUUGAGGGUUGCUGAGGAAAAAGAUUUUCUCUGUAAAUACCUAGCGAUGUGUUUGGUUUGGGACUGAGAGUCGGUACCUUGCUGCUGUGAUUGCGUUGUUUACCACAGCUUUGUUUUGUUUGUUUUUUUUUCCCAGUUAAGAUUUUUACUUUACCACUUAUCAUAACGUAGUAAUGAAGCAAAACGGUUAAAACUGGGUGUAUUGAAAAGUAGAGCUACGCUCCUAUUCGUGUACAUACGCACCCACCCACAUGUUUUGGUCUGUGGUUUAAGAGAAUAUUUCAAGGCUACAUUUUUCUAAGUUAAAGCAUUCUAAGUAGAGUUAAAGGUGGAAGAAAGUCCUAGAUACAGUAGAUCGUGAGUUUUUGUGUGUACUUUUCAGGAGAGAUUUUGGUAGUACUGUAUCUAGAUACCUGUGUUUCCAGAUCCGAAAGCAAGAACUACUCUAAUCACCGCAUUUGGAAGCUUUCCUCCGUUAGGAAUGGCCAGAACCAAGGGAGCUAACCAUUGUCACUGCACAGCCAUCCCAGUGGACGUUCUGAUCCUGGGUCCAACUAUCUGAAAGGCCAGUUGUCCUUGUCUGUGAGUGUGUGUGUGGGGUCUUCACCCUCACUGGAGUGCGGGCUAUAAACACACGUCAACUUUAUUGCUCUUACUUUCCCUUCUUUUUCUUUCCACACUCUUAAACUCAGGCCUUUAUGCUAUGAGUCACUAGUCCAAGAAGCACACAUUUCGUAGGACUUUUGCACCAGCCCUGCUCUUGAACAAAAAGGAAAAUUACUGGCCGCACAUGAAUCUGACAGUGCUUAAAUCGAGUAAGAAGGAUCAGGCAUUGGAAGAGGUUUUAAAUUUUGCUUUUUUGAGGGGAAAAAGGGGGUGGAUUUUGGCAUCAUAGCAUAUAUAUUAAUGAAUAAUCAGGACAUCAGAUACAUUUUAAUACAUAGCUGGGGCCUUAUGUUGUAGAUGAAGCUUGCUGUUUUUAGCAAGUUCCUGGGUUUCACAUUCAUUUCUGAUGCAUCGAGUAGCUCCAUACAUUACAUAACACGAUCUCUUUAUUUGUAUGCAAAAAAAAAAUAAAUAAAAUACUGUAUUAAUAAAAAGCAGCAUUUUUUUUAAUAAAAAAAAAAGACUCGGUGGAGCUAUUUGGUGCUUGAAUGUGUCCUUUUUACUUUUGCUAAGCCUUAUUUAAAUUUUGUAUACCAUGGAAUAUGUAGAAUUUGUCAAAUCAUUUUAGUGCUGAGGGGGUUUUUUGUUUGUUUUCGUUGCAGUUGUCCUGGUGGCUUGUUUUGUAUUGUAAGACGACACUUGCUGACAUAAAUACUAAAGGCACUAAGAGAAAAUACACACAGAUAAGUCUUUAUAAGAUGUUUGGGAUCCAUAGCAGGAUUUUUUUUGUUUUGUUUUUCAAGAGAAAAAAAUAUUACCGAUAAAUACUAAUUCAGCACCCAAACCCCCUCGGAUGUCUUAGUAUCUUCAAGCUAUAAAAUUGUUCCUCUAAGCACAGCCUCUGGAUUGUAAAUUAUUUAGCGAGGCUGUAAACCCUGCUCCAAAAACAAAGGCAUAACUUAACUGACUGCUUGGUUGUCCUUCAUUGUACAAUGAGAUGGGAAUGGAAAAAAAUAAAUAAAAAUUAAAAAGUCUCCUCCUUGCCCCUGAUUUUUUUUCCCCAUGUAGUUUCAGCUCUUCCCCAUCGCUCUGUUGUGAAAUUGUAGAAGAAAUAAGUAUUGUAAAAGAACUCAAAUGGGUUUCCAAAGUGGUCUCAACAUUUAUAAUUCAUAUCUGUGUUUGGUGGUUGUCAUAACCCAGUCUUCUGUAUCCAGACACCUCGACAAAUCUAUCGGGGAGGUAUUUCGUGGUUUACAGCCUUUGCUUUUUAACUGUCCAGUUUCCUUUAAAGCACAACUAGCUGCUCGUUUACAAAUGAUAUUUUUAUGUAUAUUUUGUAUAGUGUAUUAUCAUUUUUGCCAAAUACGUUUUUGCAUUUUGGAUGAGUAAAGAGUACUUCAGGUUGCAUUCAUGUAAUACCUGUUUGUUGUUGUAAACCUCUCCAAUCAGCUGGUAGGAAUUCUCCUGUGUUCUCUCCGGUCAGUCUCCUGUGAUUGUAAGAUGUGCUCCUCGGUAGAACUCCCAGCUGUGGGUUGACCAGCUUCAAAGUCUGUUAGGAUCUGUGCAAUAAAGUGUUUGCAGUCUUAUUUUCUCUAAGAAGUUCCCUAUGGAUGUCCUAAUUGUUGUAUAUUGAACAAAUAUUUAUACUUAUGCAGUUGCAUAACAUUGAAAUAAAAAUUUAGCAUGAAAAGAUAAUGACUAAUAUGUUCUUUCCUUAUGUGUAUACAUACAUCUCUAAAAUGUUACUGAAUAUAACUGUAUAUUAUGGAAGUAUGCAGCUUUACAGAUGGCUUUUAUGGAGGGGAAUGGUUUACUAAUUUUUUUAAAUUUUAUUUACUUGAGGAGGGGGAGAGA